UGGGUGCUGGCCUUUGAGAUCUUCAUUCCCCUGGUGCUCUUCUUCAUCCUCCUGGGGCUGAGGCAGAAGAAGCCAACUAUCCCUGUGAAAGAAGUCUGUAAGUUGGUGGGGUUGGUGGGUGCCUCCCCCCCUUCCCCUGCCUGUGCCAGCCAUGUAUUUUGGGGAGAAAGAGCCCAGUUUGGAUCAACUCACUCUGGCCUAAUCCUCUGUAACCCCGUUGUCUUCCUCCAUGGCUGGUGAAGAUGAGCUUGGGCAGCGCAGUGUGUCCCCUACCUGCUCCUCCCCGGGGGCUGCCCAGCUAGGACUGGCCCAUGAUGGUGUCCCCACUGAGUUGGUGCUGUCCCUAUUGGGUUGGCAGUGCUGGGGCCACUGGAAGUGAUGCCCCUGGCCUCCUGGGCUGCAGAGGGCUCUCCUGGGGUGGACCCUACCGGGUAUUGGCACCCAUGUGGUGACCUGUCAUCACCUAGUCUUGCCUGUGCUUCUCCUGGGCUGGUCCCCAAGGGGAUGAAGAUAGCUCCCACACCUGCACUGCCACCGGGUCCCUGUCCUGGUGCCUUGUAGCUGGGACAAGCCAGGUCAUGGCACUACUAGGACCCUGGAGGCCAGCGAGAUGCCACCCAUGCGCUGGCUUUGUCACCAAAGCAUGGCAUGGCCGCUGCUGUCUGUCCUGCCACCCCAUCAGGCUCUGGCCUGUCCCACACCACGCCCAUCCCUGCCCUGGGCUGUCCCUUGUUCCUGCCAGAAGCCCAUCUUCACCAGCCCCUGCCCGUCACAGCCGUGCUAACAGCACUGACCCACUUCUAACCAUGGGGCCAGCGGCUGGGGUGGCGAGAGCAGGGUCCCUGCCAGCACUGCCCAGUGACAACCUCUGGUCCCCUUCCCUGCCCCGGGGAAGGACGUGGAAAGACCCUGGCAGGGGCGAUGGCUCAGCGUGGGCAGAGGUGGGGGAAGGUUUGCCGUCCCCUUGCUGCUACUUAUUUCUUCCAUCUUCCCACCCCAACGUGUCUCCAUUUCCACCCACCUCCAGCAGCCGCACGUCGGGGCAGCUGGGCAGGGGGCAGGUGGGGGGCUUGGGGAGCUGCGGGUGACAGCUCUGUUUUCCCUGUGGUAUUCUUCCUCCUCCUCCUCUUCCUCUGGAGUUUCGGCGGUGCCUCUGAGGUUACUAACAAGAGAGGCCAGGGGAGGUUGGCAGCCGGUCUGGGACCAAGUAGCAGAAGUCGGGCAUCUUCCUGGGGCGGGAGGGACCUGCCACCCGGGGGGAGCGGGCAAGGCCAAGAGGGCAGGAGCCAGGGUGGCAGGAGCUGCCAAGAUGCCCAGGGAGCCAUCAGCCAGGGAUGACUUUGGUGGGAAAGCUGCAGACUUCUGUCCUGGGCUGCCAACCUCCUGCGGGGCUUGCAGGGCGCAGCGCGCGCUUCUCUGAACUGAGUGUCUGUCUCUCUGGUGGUCCCCCCCCCCCACCCCCCCCCCCUCCCUGCCCGCACCUUUCCUGGCCUCUUCUGCGCUCUCUUGCUGGCUGCAGCUUUCUACACGGCGGCCCCGCUCACCUCGGCCGGGAUCCUGCCCGUCAUGCAGUCCCUGUGCCCUGACGGCCAGCGCGACGAGUUUGGCUUCCUGCAGUACUCCAACUCCACGGUGACGCAGCUCCUGGAGCACCUCAGCGAAGCUGUGGAGCAGAGCAGCCUCUUUGACCCGCAGCACCCCGGGCUGGAGGAGGAGCUGGAGUCGCUGCGCCGGCGCCUGGAGGCACUCAGCAGCAGCGAGCCCAGCUCCAUGGAGACUCACUUCAGCAGCCGAGCAGGAUCCGGCUUCACAUUGGCGUGGGCGGCCAAGGACCGGGGCGAGCUGCACCGCUUCCUGACACAGAACCUGUCCCUUCCCAACAGCACAGCCGAGCUGCUCCUGGGCUCCAGCGUUGACCUGGGGGAGGUGUACCGCCUGUUUUUCGGUUCCUUUCCUUUGGUACCUGAUGAGACCCAUGAGCGAGACCUCUGGGAUGGGUUUGGCCCCCGUGAGAAGAUGACGCAGCUGGAGAAGAGCCUUCCCAGCGGCUGGAGGAGCCUGCAGGAAGGGUUGGUCCACAGGGCACUGCGGGACCCCACGGCAGCCCCACACCGGCCGGUGCUGCUCCACUUGCUCUCCCAGGCCCUGGGUCUUGCCAGCACUACCUCGGUACCCACCGCCUCUGACAGUCCCCAAGCCUUUGUCACCGAGAUGGAGGGUGUCCUCUUCACUGGGCCGGUGCUGGAGCAGCUGACAUGUGAGCAGAGCCUGGGGGGGCUGCGUCGCCUCCUGCGUGUGGCCCCCGGGCAGCAGCCGCUGCUGCAGGCGUACCGGGCACUGGCCUGCAAUGGCAGCCGGGCUGCUCGCCGGGAGCACUUUGCCCAGCUGGCCACCGAGCUCCGGGACCAGCUGGACACCCCCAAGAUCGUCAGCAGGCUGAAGCUGGAUGAGGUAAACAGCACAGCUGCCCAGCACCGCCUCCGCGCCCUCCUGGAGGACCUGGUAGAGAUGGAGAAGGUUCUCCGUGACAUGGACAUCCUCUCAGCGCUGGCCAAGCUGCUGCCCAAGGGAGCCUGUGCCAGCAAAGCCCCAGCACCCACUGCCAACAGCACCAGCUGGGCAGGCACCAACGCCACGUCUGGCAACGCCACGGCAGAGGAGGAGGGUGCCAGGGAUGGCCCAGCCAGCAGCGACAACCCCCAGGGGCAGUUCUCGGCAUUUGUGCAGCUCUGGGCUGGGCUGCAGCCCAUCCUCUGCGGCAACAACCGGACGAUCGAGCCCGAGGCACUGAAGCAGGGCAACAUGAGCUCGCUGGGCUUCACCAGCAAGGAGCAGCGAAACCUGGGUCUCCUCGUGCACCUGAUGACCAGCAACCCCAAAAUCCUGUACGCGCCUGUAGGCACUGAAGUGGACAAGGUCAUCCUGAAGGCCAACGAGACCUUUGCCUUUGUGGGCAAUGUCACCCACUAUGCCAAGGCGUGGCUGAACAUCUCCCCUGAGAUCCGUGCCUAUCUGGAGGAGGGCAGGCUGCAGAGGCGCAUCCGCUGGCUCCAGCAGUUCACUGCUGACCUCCACAAACACCCAGAGAUCCUGAACGUCUCCGACAGCGACGUUCUCCACAACUUCCUCAACGGCAACUUCUCCCUGCCCAAUGCCAGCGUCCUGCUCCAGCAGCUGGACACCAUUGACAAUGCUGCCUGUGGUUGGGUCCACUUCAUGGCCAAGGUCAGCGUGGACAUCUUCAAAGGUUUCCCAGAUGAGGAGAGCAUCGUCAACUACACGCUGAACCAAGCCUACCAGGACAACGUCACAGUCUUUGCCAGCGUCAUCUUCCAGACCAACAGGGACGGCUCGCUGCCCCCCCAUGUCAUGUACAAGAUCCGACAGAACUCCAGCUUCACGGAGAAGACCAACGAGAUCCGGCGGGCAUACUGGCGGCCCGGCCCCAACACUGGUGGCCGCUUCUACUUCCUCUACGGCUUCGUCUGGAUCCAGGACAUGAUGGAGCGUGCCCUCAUCAACACAUUUGUUGGCCAUGACGUGGUGGAGCCCGGCAACUAUGUGCAGAUGUUCCCGUACCCAUGUUAUACCCGGGACGACUUCCUCUUCGUCAUUGAGCACAUGAUGCCCCUGUGCAUGGUGAUCUCCUGGGUCUAUUCGGUGGCCAUGAUGAUUCAGCACAUUGUGACAGAGAAGGAGCAUCGCCUGAAAGAGGUGAUGAAGAUGAUGGGCUUGAACAACGCAGUGCAUUGGGUGGCUUGGUUCAUCACCGGCUUCGUCCAGCUAUCCAUCUCGGUCACAGCACUCACCGCCAUCCUGAAGUAUGGCAAGGUCCUGAUGCACAGCGAUGUCCUCAUCAUCUGGCUCUUUCUUGCCAUCUAUGCAGUAGCCACCAUCAUGUUCUGCUUCCUGGUGUCGGUGCUCUACUCCAAGGCCAAGCUGGCCUCUGCCUGCGGUGGCAUCAUCUAUUUCCUCAGCUACGUGCCUUACAUGUACGUGGCCAUCCGGGAGGAGGUGGCACAUGACAAGAUCACAGCCUUUGAGAAGUGCAUCGCGUCCCUCAUGUCCACCACAGCCUUUGGGCUGGGCUCCAAGUACUUUGCUCUGUAUGAGGUGGCCGGUGUGGGCAUCCAGUGGCACACCUUCAGCCAGUCGCCCGUGGAAGGAGAUGACUUCAACCUCCUGCUGUCUAUGAUGAUGCUGAUUGUGGAUGCUGUAGUGUACGGGGUGCUUACGUGGUACAUCGAGGCCGUGCACCCGGGCAUGUUCGGCUUGCCACGGCCCUGGUACUUCCCCUUCCAGAAGUCCUACUGGCUGGGCAACGGGCGAGUGGAGACCUGGGAGUGGACCUGGCCCUGGUCCCGCACCACCCGCCUCAGCAUCAUGGAGGAGGAUCAGGCCUGUGCCAUGGAGAGCCGAAGGCUGGAGGAGACAAGGGGCAUCGAGGAGGAGCCGACCCACCUCCCCUUGGUUGUCUGCAUUGACAAGCUCACCAAGGUCUACAAGACAGACAAGAAGCUGGCGCUGAACAAGCUGAGCCUCAACCUCUAUGAGAACCAGGUGGUGUCCUUCCUGGGGCACAAUGGCGCAGGCAAAACCACCACCAUGUCCAUCCUCACUGGCUUGUUCCCUCCGACCUCGGGCUCGGCUACCAUCUAUGGCCACGAUAUCCGGACAGAGAUGGAUGAGAUCCGGAAGAACCUCGGCAUGUGUCCCCAGCACAACGUGCUCUUUGACAGACUGACGGUGGAGGAGCACCUCUGGUUCUACUCGCAGCUCAAGAGCAUGGCGGAGGAGGAGAUCCGCAAGGAGAUGGACAAGAUGAUCGAGGACCUGGAGCUCUCCAACAAACGCCACUCCUUGGUGCAGACGCUCUCGGGAGGCAUGAAGAGGAAGCUGUCGGUGGCCAUCGCCUUUGUGGGUGGGUCACGGGCUGUGAUCUUGGAUGAGCCCACAGCCGGUGUGGACCCGUACGCUCGCAGGGCCAUCUGGGACCUCAUCCUCAAGUACAAGACAGGGAGGACCAUCCUGCUCUCCACACACCACAUGGAUGAGGCUGACCUGCUGGGUGACCGCAUCGCCAUCAUCUCCCAUGGCAAGCUCAAGUGCUGUGGCUCCCCCCUUUUCCUCAAGAGCACCUACGGUGAUGGCUACAAGCUGACAGUGGUGAAGAAGCAGUCUGACAUCAGGAAUGGCACAGAGCCCGGCCAGCCACACAGCCCCCCAGCCCACUCCUCCGUCAGCCCCUGCUCUGAGCCUCGCGUCUCCCAGUUCAUCAAGAAAUACGUGGCCUCCUGCCUCCUCAUCUCGGACACCAACACUGAGCUCUCCUACAUUCUACCCAGCGAGGCCGUCAAGAAAGGCUGCUUUGAGAGGCUCUUCCAGCACUUGGAGCAGAGCUUGGAGGAGCUGGACCUCACCAGUUUUGGGCUGAUGGACACCACGCUGGAGGAGGUCUUCCUGAAGGUGUCUGAGGAGGACCAGUCUCUGGAGAACAGCGAUGUGGACAUGAAGGAGUCCAAGAAGGACAUCCUGCAGCCACCUGCCCCUGGGCUGGACCUGAAGCCUGAGGUCAACGGGGAGGCCCCGGCCGAAGCGGCUGUGCCGGAGAAGCCCGAGGUGGAGCUCAGCAACUUGGUGACCUGCUCCAAGCUGGCGCAGUCGCAGGCAUCCCUGCGCUCAGCCUCCUCGGUGGGCUCCGUGCGGGGUGACGAAGGUGGGGCUUAUUCCGAAUUCUUUGGGGAUUAUGCGCCCCUGUUCGAUAACCGGCAGGACCCCGAUAACAUCAGUCUGCAAGAGCAAGAGGCAGAGGUGGAGGCAGAAGACCAGGACCUGGCUGGGCAGGGGAGCUUCAAGCUGGAGGGCUCGUGGCUGAAGCUGCGGCAGUUCCACGGGCUGAUCGUCAAACGCUUCCACUGCGCCAAGCGCAACACCAAGGCCCUCUUCUCCCAGAUCCUCCUGCCCGCCUUCUUCGUCUGUGUGGCCAUGACGGUGGCACUCUCUGUGCCCGAAAUAGGUGACCUGCCACCACUCAUCCUCUCACCAUCGCAGUACCACAACUACACCCAGCCCAAGGGCAACUUCAUUCCUUAUGCCAAUGAGGAGCGGCGCGAGUACCGCCUCAGGCUGUCUCCUGAUGCCAGCCCCCAGCAGCUGGUGAACACCUUCCACCUGCCCUCUGGGGUGGGGGCUACCUGCGUGCUCAAGACUGCCUUCAACAACACUCUGGACCAGCCCAUGCAGACCCUCAACCUCAACAGCAACGAGUCCAAGAUGUUGGCGGCCAAGUACUUCGAUGCCAUGUGCAUCGACUCCUUCACCCAGGGCCUGCCGCUCUCCAACUUUGUGCCGCCGCCUCCAUCCCCGGCUCCCUCUGACUACCCCAUCUCAGUGGAUGAGGAGCUGCUCCAUGCCUGGAACUCCACAACCUUCUCCUCUGCCAUCAAAGAGACCGUGACCUCAGCUCCUGCCUUGCCCCGCAUUGUCCAUGAGCCCAUCAAGUGCACGUGCUCCAUGCAGGGCACCGGCUUCUCCUGCCCCAGCGGUGUGGGGGGCCACCCCCCGCAGAUGAAGGUGGUGACAGGGGACAUCCUGGCAGACAUCACAGGGCGCAAUGUCUCUGAGUAUCUGCUCUACACCUCGGACCGCUUCCGGCUGCACAGGUAUGGGGCCCUCACCUUCGGCAACAUCCAGAAAUCCAUCCCGGCGUCCUUCGGGGUCCGGGCUCCUGCCACGGUUCGCAAGAUCGCUGUCCGGAGAACGGCCCAGGUCUUCUACAACAACAAGGGCUACCAUAGCAUGCCCACCUACCUCAACGCUCUCAACAACGCCAUCCUGCGAGCCAACUUGCCCAAGAGCAAAGGCAACCCUGCUGCCUAUGGCAUCACAGUAACCAACCACCCCAUGAACAAGACGAGCGCCAGCCUGUCCUUGGAUUACCUCCUGCAAGGCACGGAUGUGGUGAUUGCCAUCUUCAUCAUUGUGGCCAUGUCCUUCGUGCCAGCCAGCUUUGUGGUGUUCCUGGUGGCCGAAAAGGCCACCAAGGCCAAACACCUGCAGUUUGUGAGCGGCUGUGACCCUGUCAUCUACUGGUUGGCCAACUAUGUGUGGGACAUGCUGAACUACCUGGUGCCGGCCACUUGCUGCAUCAUCAUCCUGUUUGUGUUCGACCUCCCGGCCUACACCUCUCCCACCAACUUCCCCGCCGUCCUCUCCCUCUUCUUGCUCUACGGCUGGUCCAUCACCCCCAUCAUGUACCCUGCCUCCUUCUGGUUCGAGGUGCCCAGCUCUGCCUACGUCUUCCUCAUCGUCAUCAAUCUCUUCAUUGGCAUCACAGCCACCGUCGCCACGUUCCUGCUGCAGCUGUUUGAGCAUGACAAGGAUCUGAAGGUGGUGAACAGCUACCUGAAGAGCUGCUUCCUUGUAUUCCCUAACUACAACCUGGGCCACGGUUUGAUGGAGAUGGCCUACAACGAAUACAUUAAUGAAUACUAUGCCAAGAUCGGGCAGUUCGAUAAAAUGAAAUCGCCCUUCGAAUGGGAUAUCGUGACCAGGGGGCUUGUUGCCAUGACAAUCGAAGGUUUUGUCGGCUUCUUCAUCACCAUCAUGUGCCAGUACAACUUCUUCCGGAAGCCCCAGCGGCUGCCUGUCUCCACCAAGCCCAUCGAGGAUGACAUUGAUGUGGCCAAUGAGCGGCACCGUGUCCUGCGUGGCGAUGCUGACAACGACAUGCUGAAGAUCGAAAACCUCACCAAGGUGUACAAGUCCCGCAAGAUCGGGCGCAUCCUGGCCGUGGACCGGCUGUGCGUGGGUGUGCGGCCUGGGGAGUGCUUCGGGCUGCUGGGUGUCAAUGGCGCGGGCAAGACGACCACCUUCAAGAUGCUGACGGGGGAUGAGAGCACCACAGGCGGAGAGGCCUUCGUUAAUGGGCACAGCAUCCUGAAGGAGCUCCUGCAGGUCCAGCAGAGCUUGGGCUACUGCCCCCAAUUUGACGCACUCUUUGACGAGCUGACGGCCCAGGAGCACCUGGAGCUCUACACCCGCCUGCGCGGCAUCCCCUGGAAAGACGAGGAGCGGGUGGUCAAGUGGGCACUGAAGAAGUUGGAGCUGACCAAGUAUGCUGACAAGCCUGCCAGCACCUACAGCGGAGGCAACAAGAGGAAGCUGUCCACAGCCAUCGCGCUGAUCGGAUACCCAGCCUUCAUCUUCCUGGAUGAGCCCACCACAGGGAUGGACCCCAAGGCACGGCGCUUCCUCUGGAACCUUAUCCUGGAUGUCAUCAAAACUGGUCGCUCCGUGGUGCUCACAUCUCACAGCAUGGAGGAGUGCGAGGCUCUCUGCACCCGCCUGGCCAUCAUGGUGAACGGGAGGCUCAAGUGUCUUGGCAGCAUCCAGCACCUGAAGAACCGGUUUGGCGACGGCUACAUGAUCACAGUGCGCACGAAGUCCAGCCUCAACGUCAAGGAGGUGGUGAGGUUCUUCAACCGCAACUUCCCCGAGGCCAUCCUCAAGGAGCGGCACCACACCAAGGCUCAGUACCAGCUGAAGUCGGACCAGAUCUCACUGGCACAGGUCUUCAGCAAGAUGGAGCAGGUGGUGGACGUGCUGGGCAUAGAAGACUAUUCUGUCAGCCAGACCACACUGGACAACGUGUUUGUGAAUUUUGCCAAGAAGCAAAGUGACAACCUGGAGCAGCAGGAGACGAGCCCCAGCUGUGCCCUGCAGUCACCCCUGGAGCGCGUGCUGAGCCUGCUGCGCCCUCGGGCCGCCCCCACGGAGCUGCGGGCCCUCGUGGUGGAGGAGCAGGAGGACCUGGAGACUGAUGACGAAGGCCUCAUCAGCUUCGAGGAGGAGAGGGCUCAGCUCUCAUUCAACACGGACACGCUGUGCUGAGACCCUGGGGGCAGCCACAUCCCCUGGCUGUGAAGCCACCGAACCCUUUUGGCUUCUCCCCUCCCUUCGCCCUGUCGAGUGGAGCUGCUGGAGCUGCUGUGGCCAGAGGCACGUGCCAGGGAGGACAUGAUGGGUAUGGCGCCAGCCUGGAUGGACCUUGUGAGCCACUGCCCGCUGGGUGGCCUUUUGUCCCCUUCAGCUCCAGGGUGGUCACUGUGUGGUGCUGGGGGCCACUGUCCUCGCCCGGUUCGCCAGGCCAGCACGUGCCACAGAUGGAGACUGCAGAGAGAAGGAUGCGGCUUGCUGACAGUGCUGCCAGCCCCGUGCGCCUGGUGGCAGAGACAAGGUCUUUGAGCGGUGCCUUUGGUUGGAAACCCGUGUUGCACCUGCCCUGGGGACCCUCAGCUGUGGGGGCACCCUCCCACCCUGGCAUUGGCACCACCCCAGGCCUGGCCCUGGCAAAGCCAGAGGAAGGACGGCUGCUUUCGCCUUGUUUCCAUCACCCCUGGCUUGGCGCUUACCCUUGGCACUGGGAGGAGCUCGGGGUCUGGUGCCACGGGGGCAGGAGCUCUGGUGCUUCACCCACGACUGAUUUCUGGCACUGAUGGGAUGUUGCUAGGGACCUGCCUGAGAUGGGAGCCUCAGCCCCACUGGUGUGUCCUGCCCACCCACGCUGCUGCCACCCAAGGGGUCCAGCCACCCCCAGCCUUGCCAUGUGGGCAGAGGGGCACGUGGUGGGGCAGAGGGGUAUUUCACAGGGUAUUUCACACGCUGGCACCAGCUGUUUCUCCCCUCUGCCCCCAACCAUGUUCCUCCUCCCAGAGCCCCUCACCCUGCCUCCUGCCUGCUCUCACCGCCCGCUUCCCCCACCACAGGGCAUUGCUGCAGUUGUGCCACCUUUCUGCUACAUCCCCCUCCUUGUCCCCCUUGCCCUGGCAGUCAUUGUUCAGCAUCUGGCUCUCUACAGGAGCCACCUGCACUGGUUUCUUACUGUUGGGUCACUGGUGGUACUGGCAGGGGGGGUGCUGCACCCCAGGAGGGCUUUUGAAGCUGGGAGUGGGGUGGCCUUGAGGUAUGAGGAAGAGACAGGCCUGGCUGGGUGCUGGUGCAACCUGGCAGUGGUGCCUGGGGUGGGGGUGAAGGGAGGAUGGACUAUGGCAGUGGGGCCAGUAGUGUCACCUGGGGCUGGUGGGCGUCACUGGGGCCAGCAGUGGCACCCCCUUGGCCAGCAGUGCCCCUCCUUUCUGCAGAGGGUCCUGCUGCCUCAUCACCCACAGGGACCAUGGCUGGCACCUGCAUCUCAGCAGCACCCUGCAGCUCUCCAUGAUCUGCAGCCAUGCCCAGAGGCAGAGUGAUGGGAGGACCCAUGAUGCUGACCCCAACCACAUCCCCCUCUGGAUGCCCUAGGCUUUUGCAGCACCCCAGGGUGGCUGUGCCCAGUCCCCCCUCCUUGCCAGGGAGCACCCAGUGCCAGGCUCCCCCUGUUUGCCCCGCUGCCCUUCCUGCCUCCCUGGCCCAGGCUUGGCUGGAUGCCCUGGGCUAGCUCCUGCUUGCCAGCCAGCGGGCAGCACCAGGCAGCCCAGCUCGCUGCCAUGGGGCAGCACAGCGCGUGGGGAGGCAGGGUGGGGGCAGCCCGGGCCCCACCUGGGUGCAGGAGCAGACCCAGGUGGCAGCUGACCCUCCACUGUCCCUGUGCCCCCUGGUCUUGCCAGUCCUGUAUGCCACCUGCUAUAGAUUGUGAUACAAUAUACAGUAUUUUCAAUAGGGGAAAAAAUGGGGGGGAGAUAAGCUCUAUUUUCAGAUUUUUCAGACCAUAUUUUUUUUAAUGGCAUACUGGAAACGGGCUGGUCCUGUGGGUGGGCAGCUGCCACCUAGGGUGCCCCCUGCUCCCUUGCUGGGCACACUCUGCCUUCCCUAGGUGGGCGCUGGGUGACAAGCCAGUUUGGGGUUAACCUAUUGCAACGAAGGAGAGGGGAUGAUGAUGUGUUUGGGUCCCCAACUGUGACCUCGGUGGUGGCACCCCAUGGGCAUGGUGCCCUUUGUCCUCACCCCCCACCUGCCCCACAGCCCUGUUGCUCAGGGCUCUUACAGGGCUCUGGCACUUCGGGUACAGAGCCCUUUGCAGCCCUCCCAUCCACCAAGCUGCCCCCACCCACGCCACGCCACCCCACCCCAUGCCACUGUCCCUGUCCCCAUGGCUUUCCAGUGGUCAGUGGAGAUGCUGUUGUGCCCCCGGCACGGCAUGCUCACGCAGCCUGGGUGGCCGUGGUGGUCUGCCUGCCCUGGGCUGGGGGCUGCCCAGGCACAGGGGACACCCCGAGGGUGGCAGUGGGAGGGCAUUGCCCCAGGACGGGGGUGGCUGCUGCCUUAACACUAUUCGCUUUGUUGAGUUUGGCCCCGCUUCUGGCCUCGCCUCCCUCUGCACGUCCUUGGCCACCAGCCGUGGGCACAGCGCCGGUGCCACGCACGGCCCCGGGCACGGGGCACCCCGAGGGGUGGGGACGCCUUGGAGGAGCCUGUACAUUGCUAGCAAAAGAAACAAGAUGAAAUGUGAAAAUAAUGAUCGUUUUAAAUAAAAAAUAAUAACUGGA